GUGCAACACAUAAACACAUAACAGACUUUCGUGACGAUCAGAAAAGAAAAGAGAAGAACAAAUAUCUGAAAACAGAGCCAAAAUGGGUGCUUCUCAAUCAAUCUCAGAAAAUUCUAUCCACGAAUUCACUGUAAAGGAUGCGAGGGGCAAAGAUGUGAACCUAAAUGCUUACAGGGGCAAAGUUCUUCUUGUAAUUAAUGUUGCUUCAAAAUGUGCAUUUGCUGAUGCCAAUUACACGCAGUUAACUCAGCUUUAUUCGACAUACAAGAGCAGGGGUCUUGAGAUAUUGGCAUUUCCAUGUAACCAAUUUUUGAAGAAAGAGCCUGGGACUAGCAUCCAGGCACAUGACUUUGCAUGUACAACAUAUAAUGCUCAGUAUCCUAUUUUUGGGAAGAUACGUGUGAAUGGAUCAGAUAGUGCACCAGUUUUCAAAUUCCUGAAAGCACAGAAAUCUGGAUUUGUGGGAUCUAGAAUCAAAUGGAAUUUCACUAAGUUUUUAGUUGAUGAAGAAGGCCACGUCAUCAACCGUUAUAGCCCAACCACCAAGCCAUUAGCCAUUGAAAAAGACAUCAAGAAAGCAUUGCGGUUGGCUUGAAAGACGACUCUACAAUUAUUUCGAACGAUUGCUCGUGUUCAAGAUAUCUCAAAAGAAAAAGAAAAUGAAAAGAUUAUGUGAUUGAUGUUUAUUCUAUUCAUUAUUUAGCUUAUCUUUAUGUCCAUGGUUUUACUUGUCAUGUUGUAUCAUUCUAUUCUAUUAUUCUGUUCAAUUUUAUUCCAAGGAAAUUAUUAUUCAA